AUGAAUGUGUUUGAUCAAGGAUCAGCACCAGCUAUGUUUGCUGCCGUUGCUGCCUUUGCAGUUGCCAAGAUUGUGGCUGGCCUUAGGUUUCCCAAGAUCAACAAGAACCAAUACCGCUAUGUAGGCAGAGUAGCAGCCAUCUGGAUUUUUCCAAUCAAAUCAUUUAAGGGAAUGAGUAUCCAGGAAGCUGAUUGUACAUCACUUGGGAUCAAAUGGAAAGAAUUUAGAGACAGACACUGGACUGUGACCACCGCUGAUGGUAUCUAUCUGACCAUGAGACAAGAACCAACAAUGGCUCUGAUUGAGCCUGUCUUGAAGGGUGAUCAGAUACAACUGACAGCCCCCGGCAUGGAACCAGUUUCUUUCCCCGUGAAUCCUGAUAUUACCAACAACAAUGUUAGCAAAGUCAUUAUCAAAACAGAUACUCUUCCCUCAGUUGAUUGUGGAGAUGAAGUUGCAGAUUGGCUAAGCAAAUACUUUAACCGGCCAGGCUUGCGACUUCACUUUUCUGCCCCAUCUCAGACAAAGCGAGAUGCAUCAAAUGCGAAAAAACUCUGGGAGCAUCCAGCCAAACCAGGAGAUUUGUGUGCCUUCGCUGACUACUGUGGGUACAUGCUGUUGUCAAAAGCUUCCUUAAUGGAAUUGAAUGGUCGGUUGCAAAAGUCUGUACCAAUUACAAACUUUAGGGCGAACAUCAUUAUUGAAGACUGUGAACCUUUUGCUGAGGAUACCUGGAGUUCUCUCCAUAUUGGAGAUGUCCAUCUACGUGCCUUGGAUGCAUGUACGAGAUGUAUCAUGGUAACAAUUGACCAGACUAAGGGAGUUAAAGACAAGAAUGAACAGCCGCUAGCAACACUGAAAAAGUACAGACUGAGAGACCCCUAUGGUGAUAAGCCUUGCUUUGGCGUCAACCACACCUGCGACAAGCCAGGCAAGAUCAAGGUUGGAGAUCCAAUCUAUGCCACCCUUUCGUAA